UGUAAUGUCCCAUGGGAGAGGACAUGAGGACGAUUUUCCUAUUUCAACCCAAGUUCCCACAACUUUUUGGUACUGAAUUUCAUUUUAACGUACGGUUAUAAGGUGCUCUUCACACGAAAUAAUCGUAACAAAUCUUCGAUUUCUGAAGAAUAUUUGCGAACCCGUUGUGACACCCCAUCGUUUUUACUUCGGGCCUUCAAAAAGCGGCAGCAACAUGCUUAGCAGACGUCUCUGGAGUAUGCAAUUGACAUUACUAUGGUCAGGAACAAAUAAUGCUGCGAAUUUCAAAGGAUCAAGGUUCUCGAGUCGAUAUACUGUACAGGAAGAUCAGAGUGAUUCUGAGGAUGAACCACGUCGUCAAUUGAAAAAGUGGCGGAGGGAAUGGGACAAUGGACAAGUCAAGUUGGCGACUAAGUUUAAGGUGUUCGAUCGUGGGUUGAAGCGACCAUCGUUGUCCUGGAGAUUAUGGCUGAACGAACCCUGGGAUCUAAGAAUUAAAACUAUUAAAAAGUGGGCAGACGAGAAAACUAGAGAAGUAGCAAUACAUGAUCAAAGGUUCAUUCCAGAAAGGCACAAAAUUCUUGGAUCGAAUUUAGCCUGUGCUCAUUUUCUUGUCUGUCGUGGUGCCAAAGUUAAGUUUGUAGGGCGCCCUGAAUGGGUUGAAAAAGAUAAAGACGGCAAUUAUGACUUGCCAUCAAAAUAUAUCCUUAAUUACGUAAUCGAGGCUAUAGACUUGAAUGGAAUAAAUUUAUACUAUGAGGGACUGGAAAACAUGAUGCAUCUCAAUGAAUUAAAAUGGCUCAGCUUUAAGGGCUGCAAACCAAUCGAUGAUUGGUGUCUAGAUAAGAUAUCAAUCCAGUAUCCAAACCUGGAGUAUCUGGAUAUCUCAAAUUGUGUCAAUGUAUCCGAAAGAGGACUUGAAGCACUCUAUAGAAUGACAUCACUUCGGACUCUGGUUGUGACAAACAACCUCAAUUCUGUCGCCUUUGAAUUAACCUGUAUGAUGUUGGAAGAUGUUCUCCCUAAUUUGAAGUGCGAUAUAAAACUUCCAGAAGAACAAGUUGCAAAAACAUAAAUGUGAUAGUAUCCGAAACUCAGAACAAUCAUGUAGUUCAUGUAUGAACAAGUUCUGGUAUUGAUAUAAUGUUUGUUUAGAUGAGCAUAUUGUAUAUUGUAUACCUAAGUUUUAACUCCUUUAUUCUUUUCUCUUCUCUUUUUGGCAUAAUAUAGUUCGACUUUGUUAGUUA